AUGCAGUUCUCAGUAAACUCCCUUGCGAUGGUACUCGCAACCGCCAUCACCACCACAAUGGCUGCACCCACCAACAAUCUCGCCCUCCGCCAAGACGACGGCGUAAUCCGCUGCAAAGUCGAAGCCGAAGCCUCGCACUCCUACGGCGGCGGCGGCCCCGGCCAAGUCCCUAUCGACAUGACCAGCGGAGCAAUCUACUGCUACGACGUCAACGACAACCGAGUCUUCUACAACACCGACGCCAACGUGAACAACUUCAAUGGCGCUACCAACACCGUGUCGGGAGCGGACUGCCAUACCCAAGGCGAUGUCACGUUCCACACUGCCCGCGUCUUCAACUGCCUUUCUCGCGAUAAGAAUGAGGCUAGUCCCGUACUCGUAGAAGAAGACAAACAGAGCGACAAGUAA